CCAAUGUCAUUUUCAUGGCUUUCGUCAUUCACUGCGUCUUCUAAUUAACUGAAACUCAUUCAUUAGCACAAUCUCGACCGUCUUCCCACAUAAUUUCAUCGCAAAUUUAGGCUCAUACACUAUAUUUUUUUCCCAGUUUAACUUUUAUAUACUGACACUCUGUAAUUAGUGUAAUAAGUAUCUGAAAAACAAGGCAGUUAAUAUGUUACAACAAAUUAAAGUACAUAACAAAGGAUAGAAGAAUUUGAUAUGAGAAUAUUAUUUGGUUUUUGCUAUAGGAUCAAUUCUUGACAUAGCCGGGGUUGAUCGGGAACAGUCUCUCCAGGUUCUACCGGACCCCACCCCAUGUAGGGUAUAUUGGUAUUAUACUAAAUAUGUUGCCCUUCUUGUUGAUAAAUUUUUGAUCAUCUAAAAGUUAGAUUAUAUAUAGAAAACAAUAAAAGAGGAGAACGCAACAUGAGAUACUUUCUUUUCUCUUUACUUCUUAGGGGGAUUAAGUAAGUGUCAUACAGUAAUAUGGAAUGGGAAAAGUUUACUUUACUUUCACUAAUUGACAGAUACAAAAUUAGCUUAGGAAAGAGGACAAGUAUAAGCUAACUGGAAUCUAAUCAAUUUGGAUUUUUGUUAAUUCCAUUAACAGUGGAUACUAAUUUUUAAUUAAUCCCACUAUAUGUUUGUCAAUUUUUCUGACUAAGAAAGAGAUUAGCUUGGAUGUGACGUUUGAUGCCUUCUAUUAUACACCAACUUUUCUUUCCUUUUUAACUACAAACUUGUUAGUAUUAAUCUGGAAUGUUGUUAGUCCUUAAGUCCUACUGCUAAACUCAGCACCUUAAUUUUUUUUUUCAACAAGAAUUUGAAUGUUAAGUAAAUAGGUUUGAAUUCUCGUUUGCAAUCAAGAUUUGAUUAAAAUUUAUCUCUUUAGGUUGCUUCUCUAGGUGGGAUUUUGUAUCGAGUCAGAGUCGAGCUAGGAUUUUGAGUUUAUGAGUUUUGGAUUAUAGAAAAGACAAUUUAUUGGUUUUGGAUAAAUUAGGAUUUUAAACACAAAUAUAUCAUUUAGGGGGAAGCUAUUGAGUUCUGCUGAACUCGUAGACAGGCUUGUAGCUCUGCCCCUUUGGUAGGAACUGAUCAAUGGUAGCAUUGUUAAGUACUAGUUCAUAAAUCUUGGUAGAAAGUAAAAUCAAGUAGAUUUUAGUCUACUUACGUGUCGAGAAGUUCAGGGAAGGGACAGGAUAGGAAAUGGAAAUGGAGGGAAGAGGAUAUUCAGAUUUCUAUAGAAACACAAGCGAAGAAUUGUUCAUAAGAACUAUGAUGGAGAAUUCAGUAGGAGGAGUGCCUGUUCCUACAAUGGAGAUGUUGGGCUUUAGAAACAUCUCUCAUUCUCUUCGAACUGACAGUGAGGAACUCUUCAAAAGCUGGCUCACCAGUGCAGAGAAUAACGGCAGUGAAACACCGAUGGCUCAUCGUGCUCAACAGACGUCACGAAGGAUCUCCAGUGAACUUGCUGGUCUAUCUAGCCAGCAGAAUGGAGGAAUUCAGAAAAGAAAAGUGGCUGACACUCUAGAUCCAGAAAAUAUAUCUAUUGCCAAUGAAUCAUCUAGCAACCUAAACCAACAUUCAACCAGGGACGUAACGGCUAGAGAAAUGCAAGCUAGCAAUCUGUUUUUAGCCAAGACCUGGUUCCAUAGUUCUCAGCCCAUGACGAGAAGUCGCUCCUCUGAGUUAAGGAGGAGGUAUGCAGCUAUGCAGCACUCACAGUCUACACUAGCUCGUGAAGCCUUGCAUAAUAUCCCCGGAAAUGCUGUAAAUAACUUUAAAGAAGAAGUUUCUGAUCCCACAGGGUACACUAACAUGUCAAUGUGUGAAAUUACCAACCAACACAAUACUUUUAUAUCUCCAUCAAAUUCAUCUUCAUCAACAUUUGAAGCACAACAAAUGGAUGGUCCAGAUAAUAUUUCUUCUGUUGUAAGCAUGCUAAAGGGUACCUUAGAACGGAAGAAAUUAACGAACUAUCAUACUGCUAGAGUAGCCAUCGAGGAGAAUAUGCUGGGAAGUUAUGGAAAUCAAGAAGUCUUUUGUAACUCGGGCAUGAAUCAACAUCCAGGGUGUCAUAUUUCUGAAAGUCAAGGGACAUAUCAGGAUGCAUCCAUUGUUCAAGUCAUCGAUACAGGGAUUCUACAAACAGUUCAAGGGUCAUUAGAUGUCAUUUUAGAAAGUAUUAUGGCUCCCUCAAAUCCAAUCCAGAUGGACAUGGUGUCACAGGAACCUUCUCAAAGUGAAUCUUCUGUUGCUGCACCAAUAAUCUCAAUUGGUUUUGAUGCAUAUGAUGGUCUGAGCAAUGCAAGUCAAGCUUUAAAUGUGUACGAGGGCUCUAGAAAUCAAGUUGGAUAUGCAAGGAGCUCAGAAAAUGGUUCAACUGCCAGAGAUAUUAGAGAACGAAUAUAUGAUAACGUGAAGGACAACCAAAAGACAUCACAGAAAGGUGGUCUAGUUCGACAUGAAUCUUUGACAUCAGUGCAAUCAGCGGAAAAUGGAGAUCCUAAGAAGAAGCGAAGAGUGGAGAGGUCUCGGAAAAUGGCAGAAGCCAAAGAGAGAAAUUUAACAACAGCAAUUCCUUCAGAUAUGCAAUCCCUUAUGAAGCGCUGUGAGAAUUUGGAGAAGGAAGUCCGCUCACUUAAACUUAAUUUGGCGUUUAUGAAUAGAUCAACAAAUAUUUUCCUCAACCACAAAGCUUGAUUCGCUGCUGCUUGCCGCCACAAAUUCUGCCUCUGCAGUGGAUUUAGCCACAAUAUCUUGCUUCUUUGAGCACCACAAAAAUAUUUCGGAGCCAAGCUCCAGAUUGCUCUUCAUGUCAUCUACUGAUCCAGCCCAAUCACUAUCAGAAUACCCAAGUAGUUUCGGAUUUGGAUUUUUCUGAAACUUGACACCAUAAUUAAUGGUUCCUCUGAUGAAUCUGAUUACUCUUUUUGCUGCUUUUAGAUGCAGCUCACUAGCACAAUGCAUAAACCUCGAUAAAAUGCUUACAACAUACAAAAUAUCGGGUCUUGUAGCUGUGAGAUACAUCAAACAACCGACUAAGCCUCUGAAGUACGUUUCCUCCACUUUCUCUGCUCCAUCAUUCUUGCUUAGUUUCUCUUUUUGGUUCAUAGGAGUACUCAUCUCCUUGCAAUCUUUCAUGUUGAACUUCUUCAGAAUUUCCUUAGCAUAUUUCUUCUGAAAAAUGAAAACUUCAUUCUGUCCCUAUUUGAUUUCCAUUCCAAGAAAAUAGGACAUUAGGCCAAGAUCAGUCAUCUCGAAGGCUUGCAUCAUUUCUUGCUUGAAAUCCUCAAUAUGCUUUGUAUUGCUCCCUGUAACUAGUACCUCAUCAACAUAUAUAGACACGACAAGAAUAUCAAUGCCAUUAUGUUUAACAUAAAGAGUAGAUUCUGAUAGACUCUUUUCAAAGCCUAACCCAAGCAAAUGAUCAUCUAUUCGACCAUACCAGGCCCUUGGUGCUUGUUUAAGUCCAUAAAGCGCCUUUCUUAGCCUGUAAACUUUGUCCUCUUUUCCUUUCGUCAUAAAGCCUUCGGGUUGCUCAACAUAAAUUUCUUCCUGGAGAAAACCAUUAAGAAAUGCCGAUUUGACAUCCAUCUAAUACAUUUUCCAGCCCAAUUGUGCAGCAAGAGCAAGAAGUAACCUGAUCGUGUCAAGCCUAGCCACUGGUGCGAAUGUAUCAAAAUAAUCCACACAAAAAAUUUGAGCAUAUCCCUUAACGACAAGCCUUGCUUUAUGCUUGUUGACUGAACCAUCGACAUUUAACUUUGUUCUGAAGACCCAUUUCAGCCCAAUUACUUUUCUGUCUUUAGGUUGAUCAACAAGCUCCCAAGUCAUGUUCUUCUCAAUCAUAAACAACUCCUCUUUCAUUGCAGUCACCCAAUUUUCAUCAUUCUUGGCUUCAAUGUACCCAGCAGGUUCACAUACUGCCACAUUACAUCUCUGAUAUAUAUCAGUGAGUAGUCGAGUACCUUUAAUCGGUGAAUGAUCCACCACUUCAUCUUGCGAUGAGAGUGAUAUUUGCUUUUCAGGAACUUUGGCAGGAAACUUUUGUGCUGAGUCCAAAGAGUUCAGGACAGAUUUCUUUGAGUCUUCCUAACACCAUUCUUCAUUCUCCAUAAAAUACACAUCUCUACUAAAGAUUAUAUUUUCAGUUUGCGGUUGGAAGACUUUAUAUGCCUUUGAAACUGCACUGUAUCCAAUAAAAAUGCCUGGAACAAAUUUCUUAUCUAGCUUGUCGCGUUUAACUUGAGAAACAUAGGAAAAACAGAGACAACCAAACACUUUAAGGAAGUUUAAUGAUGGUUUGAACCCAUACCAAGCUUCAAAAGGAGUUCGACCUUUCACUGCCUUUGUGAGAAACCUAGUUUGGAGAAAAACUGAUGUAUUUGCUGCUUUUGCCCAAAAUUUCUUUGGCAAGUUCUUCUCGUGCAAC